UACAGAAAACCUUGCCAUAAACCUCCCGAGACUCCCAACAGGACCCCAUGCGCAGUUCAAGCUGUCCCUAAACGUCCAACUUUUGUUUUUUCCUGACUAUGGUGAAUGGAAACCCAUCGCUAGCAAUUAACGGUGAAGAGCUGAACAUUUUCUCCUUGGAAUAUAUUUGGGUGAGACCCUGCUCCGCUGUGACUGAGCCAUGAGUUCCGGUGCCAGCCAGGGGGUGAUCACUUCCCCUCCCCCUCCCAGCAUGCCUCACAAAGAGCGCUACUUCGACCGCAUCGAUGAAAACGACCCAGGCUACCUCCGGGAGAGAAACAUGUCCCCGGAUCUCCGUCAGGACUUCAACAUGAUGGAGCAGAAAAAGAGAGUGACUCAGAUCCUCAAGAGCCCGGCAUUCCGUGAGGAUCUGGAAAGUCUCAUUCAGGAUCAGAUGAAGAAGGGGAAGAACCCCGCGGGUCUGCUGGCCCUGCAACAAAUUGCGGAUUAUAUCAUGGCCAGCUCGUUCGCCGGCUUCGCCUCCUCUCCUCUCAGUCUGGGAAUGGUGACGCCAAUUAACGAUAUCCACCCUGCGGUGGAGCCCUUGAUGGCUAAAGGAGAGAAGUUGACUCGAUGCAAGCUGGCUAGCAUGUACCGUCUGGCCGAUCUCUUUGGCUGGGCGCACCUGGCUAGCGCCUACUUCACGGUCCGAGUCAGCAAGGAGCAAGACCACAUCCUGAUCAUUCCCAGAGGUCUCUCCUUCUCUGAAGCCUCUGCCUCCAAUCUGGUGAAACUGAACAUCGUGGGCGAGGUAGUCGAUCAAGGAACCACCAACCUGCAAAUCGACCCUUCAGGUUUCAGCCCGCACGCUGCCAUUUACUCCACGCGUCCCGAUGUGCGCUGUGUCAUCCAUAUCCAUACACCCGCCACCGCUGCUGUCUCAUCUAUGAAAUGCGGUAUCCUCCCCAUUUCCCAGGAGGCCCUGCUGCUUGGUGACGUGGCGUACUACAAUUACCAGGGAUCUCUGGAUGAGCAGCAAGAGAGAAUCCAGCUACAGAAAGUCCUGGGGCCCAACUCUAAGGUCUUGGUGCUGCGGAAUCACGGGGUGUUGGCGCUGGGCGAAUCGCUGGAAGAAGCUUUCCAUUACAUCUUUAAUGUGCAGUUGGCCUGUGAAGUUCAGGUACAUGCACUGGCCGGGUCUGGAGGAAUGGACAAUCUUCUCUUGUUGGACCUGGAGAAGUACAAGGCUGUCACCCAUACCGUGGCUGCAGCCGGGGGUGGAGGGGUGAACAUGGAGGGCCAGCACAAGUGGAAAGUUGGGGAGUUGGAGUUUGAAUCUCUCAUGAGAAUGCUGGACAAUCUGGGUUACAGGACAGGCUACGCCUACAGACAGCCCCUGACACGGGAGAAGCCGCGGCACAAGAGUGAGGUGGAAAUCCCAGCCACCGUCACAGCCUUCUCGUUUGAUGACGAGCAGUCGAUGCCACAGUCUCCACUCAAGUUCCUCGCCCAGAAGCAGCAGCGGGAGAAGACGCGCUGGCUGAACUCGCCAAACACGUACCUGAGGGUCCACGUGCCCGAGGAGUCUCUGAAUGGGGAGAUGAGCCCGAGAACGAAGAUAACAUGGAUGAAAACCGACGAGUUUAACAAGAGUUCCAGUGGGUAUCCCAUCAAAAUAGAAGAUCCUAACCAGUUUGUCCCACUGAACACCAACCCGACAGACGUUCUGCAGAAAAGGAACAAGAUCCGGGAGCAGAAUCGGUACGAUCUGAAGACAGCUGGUCCUCAGUCUCAGGUCUUGGCUGGAAUUGUGGUGGAUAAGCCGAACCCUCCAAUGCAGUUUGAGGAGGAUGAGAAUGCACCUCCCCCACCCCCCAACCCAUUCAGCCAUUUGCUGGAGGAAGCCGAUGGCAGAGACAGAAAGGGUGAGGUUAAUGCAAUACGAGAUGCCGAGCAUGAACUAAUCUCAGAAGAGCCUCCUAUCCCAGUAACCCAGUGCCCACCCCCGACGCAGGUCACCUCCACAGAGCUCCUGGAAGACUUGGUGUUCCAGAACGACUCCCCCAUUGUGUUGAAUGGCAAAGACGGCGGCAGACAGGAAGCAGAUGAGGCCCUCGCCUUGCGCGUGAGUCAGCUGAGCGUUGGGGAGAACGUGGAAAUCACUGUCCGGAGCACAGAGAAGAUCAUCGAAGGGGAGUUGACCCCAGAGGGUUCUCCUUCUAAGUCCCCCAACAAGAAGAAGAAGAAAUUCCGCACCCCAUCCUUCCUGAAGAAGAAUAAAAAGAAGGAAAAGUUGGAGGCAUAACAGGCGGUUUUGGGGGAAUGUAGACUAUUUUUAAGGGGGUUACCUUGUUUUAUUCUGGAGGGACGUGUGAUGCGGAGGUGACAGGCCCCCCAACCAUUGUGACGCAGCCAAGAAAGAGCUCGCCUCCAGCAAUCUUUUUGCGCUGAAGAUGUUUGUCUGCCGGAAGUACAGAAGGAGUCCCCUCCUCUCUCCCUGGACUGCCCACAUCUAGAGUUUUCAGAGCCAGCUCUCUUCUUUCUGUGUAUUUAAUGCUACAGAAAGAGAGAAAAAAUGCAUCUUCUGUGUUUUUAACUGAGCUUCAAAUGUAUUUUUUAAAGAUACAUGUCCGCACACGCAUACAAAAAUAAACCCGCGAGUGUGUGCCCCAAGUUAUACCUACAUAUAACCUUUUACGUGUGCGUCCGUUCUAUUCCAUUCAGGAAGGAGCUUUCUGGAAUCCGCAAGCAACUGGAUACUUAAGCUGGAAUUUAAGAUGAUGUGUGAUUGUAAUUUCCUGAGCAAGCCCUCACCGCGGCCUCCCUUAUUGCGAGGUCUGCAGUGGAGGCCUCGGUUCCUUCCCUGUAAAUGGGGUCUCCCCGCUAUGUGUCCUCUUAUAGCUCGGAGGAUUGAUAAUGCUGCACUGUAUCAGAUGCAGAGUAUAACUAUGCAGUCGUAUCUGGCAAAACAUACGGGCAGUGGUCCAGGCUCACAGGGGGCAAUUCGGGGGUUGUGAUGGGCAAUAAUUGGACUUGGCAAAGAUCUGUACUUAGUUAUACUCUGCAUACCAUAUCACGGCGACAUAUAAUCACUCUACAACACGUAACCUGCGGCACAUCUUAGCAGAUCAUUUGCCCCUGUACAGACCAACUCGACUGUUUGUUAAUUUCAGGCAUUAAAAUCUGGGUUCAGUAGAAUUAGAAAAUACUUCUAUUUUUUUUUUUCUUUUUCUUGCCAAAUUUUUGUCUGUUUUAUCAUUUUGCUGCCAAAGGGCUUCUUAAAAAUAUUGCACAAACCGAGGGGAGGGGGGGGGGGGGGGAUAGGUGUUUUAUUGAUAUUACAAAGUGCUGUUUUGUUUUUUACAUUUUUGAUUUCUUUUUAACUGUUGGCUAUGAAUAUGAAAUCUUCCUUUUUCAUUUGGAACUUUUUGAGAAAUUUAUAUACGCCCUGAACUCCUUAUUUGUAAGGACAGUAUGGAUAUAUAUUUAAAAAAAAAAAAAUUCCUUCUUUAAAUUUCUACAAAUAAUAAUAUGGCCCAUUUGCACCAGUUAAAUAAUGAUUAAGUGUUUGAGGGGAGAAAAAACUCUAAAUAGUUUUACAGUGAAAAUAGUAAAAAUAAACUCAACACUAUUAUUUUUUUAAUUUUUUUUUAUUCUUUAUAAUUUUGCAUGUUACAUGCUCUGUUUGGGCCCAUGGUCUUCUGUUUGCUUUUAAAAUUGAAUGAGGAAACAUGAUACUUUUUAGCAUUUUAUGGUAAGGGAGAAAAAAGAAAGACAAUUCUGAGUUUUAGAUUUCCAUUCGGACGAUGAGUUUGAAAUAAUAAAGUUUAAGCAUGUGGCUGAUAAAGAGAUGGUUCUGUAUUGUCUUAUAAUGUACAGUGAGGAUCAUUUUCAGGUAGUUGAUUUUAGCAUGUAACGGAGCAAUGUGGUUUCAUGGACUGUGAAGAGGUCAAUUUAAAAGUUACUGUACAUUGAAGAAUAUAGAGACACCAAAGAUACCCAAGUUUCCAGUAAACUUUGACUAUUCAUAUACAUUCUUCAAUCCUGUCCUGUAUUCAUUACAUGCAUUAGAAUUUUGUUUAUCCUGGAUAAAUGCACUAAGAUUUCCAGUGAGUUUUUUUAUUUUAUUUUUUUUGCCCAAAACUGAAAGUUAUUCUAUUCUAUUAUCAACAUGGAAUAUGGUGCCAUGUCUUGUACCUGGCAAUGUGUUACCACCUCUAAACUGCACUUUUUUUUUUUUCUUCAUUGAAUGCCAUUCAACAAACCUAGAGCAGCGGAAUUUGACCCCCUGCUUGAGAUAAACCAAAAAGAUUAAUAAGAAAAAAAUAUUUAACAAACUAAUCAUUUACAUUUGUUAAAGUGGAAAACUUUAAAUCCAUGGGGGGAAAAAAGGUUUUUUUUUAUUUCUAUAAUUUCACAAAGUAUUUUUUUUUUCUUUUUUAGGUUUUUUUUAAGUGUGAUUUUUUCCCCAUACAGGCUCUAAAUACAGAUAAUAUAUAUGUUAAGGGUUAUUUAAUAGGGUACAAAUUUUGAGAAGUGGUGAUGUCAGCUGCAGAUUUAAAACGGCAGUAAAUGGAAAAAUGAGCCUGGUUUUGUGUCUUAAAUUAUUGCGGCUUUAAAUUUGCAUCUGAGAUCACCGGAAUCACAAUUCUUCUGAAAACUCGGGCUCUAUUAAAUAACUCCCAUGUUCUGCCUUAUUCCGCCACCCCUUCACCUCCUUAAUUUGGGUCUUCUUUAUUGGAGACACUUUCAACACCUCUAGCAACACAUUCACUCCACUUAUUGACUUUUUUUUAUUUUUUUUAAAUUUAAUAUAAAAGGUUUUUUUUUGUUUUGGGGCUUUUUUUGCGCAGUGUAAGAUGGCAGCGCUUUAUGUACAGCCGCAGCAUGAGUUACUGUUUAAAUUCGACUAUACUGGAAAAUAUUAAAACAUGUAAAAAAAAAACAGAAAAAAACUGUUCUCAGAACAAAUUUGUUUUUUGAUACGGUCUUUAAUUCUCUCCAUUAAAAAUAUAUAUAUUUAAUUUCUGGGAAAUCUGGACAUAAAUAUACUGGACAAUAAUUUGUAUUAGGAAACAAUUUUUUUCAGACUCCUGUCUUGUAAGGGAAGGAGGUGCCUUUUGAAUUGUUUAAACUCAAAUGUGGUGUUUUUGUGUUUUGUUUUGUUUUUUGGGGGAUUUGUUUGUUUUCUUUUUUUUGUGUGGUAUUUUUACAUUGUAUUACAACCAUAGGAACAAGAGUCUGUGAACUAUGCUACACAUUUUCUAAAUAAUAAAAAAAGUAUACAGAAAUAAGUCUAUAUAAAAAUAUAUCUAUAUGUAUGCAAUGUGCAUAAAUAUUUUUUAAAAUGCGUAUGUUAUAUGCACCUUUUUCCCCCUUGCAAAUUCCCUUAUAUAUUUGCUUGAGCCAUUUGAAAAUCUGUCCUGUGGAAAUAUGUUACCCUGGAAAUUGCUGAUAGUUGUAUUGCUAAUUAAUGUUUGAUCACAAAUAAACAGUAUUUUAAGUAGACAAAUUUUUGUAAUUUCACCUUUUUAAUAAAGAGGAGUUAAUCUUUGA